AUUCAUUGUUAAUUCACAUAUUAAUUAUUAAUUAAGUAUACAUUAACAAUUAAUGAAAUAUUUAUAAGACACUCAAAGUUUGGAAAACGAGACUACUUUAUGAUGAAUGUACUAUUUAAAAUUGGUUUCGUAUUAAGUGUUGUUAUAUUAUUAAUAACGGGGUAUGUAAUCGUUAUUUACCGAUCCGAUCAAGUUAAAGACUCUCAAAGUGUUUCAUAUUGCUAUGCCCAGGAUCCAUCUCCACCAAAACGAUUUUCCACGAAAACCGUAUAUGAUUUUGAUAAACAUAGAAAUACGAGGAAACCCACCUUACCUACAAAUUGCAAACCUGUUAAAUUAUGGACUGUAAUUCGUCAUGGAAUUCGAUUACAACAGACCGAUGAAGUGCAAUCACUUCAAAACGAUUUACCAAAAAUGCAACAAGAAAUUGUGGAAAAUUAUGAAAAAAAGACUUACAAAUCUGGUCUAUGUGAACAAGAUUUUAACAAUAUUAGAAAUUGGAAAUUGGAUUCGCUAGUAAGUGUUGACAAUUCUUUUAGAUUAUCUGAUUCUGGUGCUCAACAAAUGGCUGAGUUAGCUGAUCGUUUCCGACGGGAUUAUUCAAGUUUAUUUGAUUUCCCUUGUAGCGAUAAGAACUAUCUUGUGCAUUCAUUUCUCAACAUUGGUGUCACCAAAAGUCGUAACAUAUUUCUUGAUCGUAUAUUUAAUUACACUUGCAGUAAAAAUCUGAAGGAAAUUUCACUGGUCUAUGAUGAACGAUUCUCAUCUUCAAUGGAUUUUCCUGAAGCUGACCGUUUUACAGAAACUUUACUUGUACAAGAAAUGUUAUUGAAUAUUGGUGAAAAAUUAGGAUACAACGCAACGCGAUUAAAUUGGACAAGUGUAAAAUUGAUGUAUGAUAUGUGCAGAUACGAUAAUGCAUGGCAAUCAAAUAAAUUGUCACCAUGGUGUGCUGUAUUUACUGCUGAACAAAACAGAUUAUUUGAAUAUCAUGAAGAUUUAUCUUGUUAUUAUGAGUACGGAUAUGGUAAUCAGAAUUCAAAAUAUGUUGGCUGUCGAAUGAUAAAAUCGAUGAUUUAUUAUUUUAUGGAUAUUGCUAGUAGUGAAUUAAAUGAACCAAAAGCGAUAUUAAUAUUUACACAUCGUGGUGCUAUGGAAGCAUUAUUUGUAAUUUUAAAUGCGAAAAAGGAUCCAUAUGUGUUGAGAGGUGAUAAUUUCGAAUAUGCAACUAAUCGAAAAUGGAAAACAAGUGAUAAUAUUCCAUUUUCAGCUCAUGUAACUGUUACAUUUUAUUCGUGUGAUGAUAAUGGAAAAUAUGUACAAUUUAUUUUAAAUGAAGAACCAUUGGAAUUAGAUUUUCCAGGAUGCGUACAAGGAAUAUGCCCAUGGCAAUCAGUCCUCUUGGAGCUCAGACCAGCUCUAUUGUUUUGUAAAUAAAGUGGCAUUACAUCGUAUAAUUAUGUUAAUUUUGCAUCCAAAUAUGUAUACUUAGAAUAAUAAAUUAAUUUGCUAAAAAAUGUAUCAUUCUUCCGGUACAGAUUUUUGACCUCGAA